CGACGAUGAUGACGAUGAUGAUGAUGACAAUGAUGAUCUUCAAAUUAUAAAAGCCAAAAAGCCAUCUUGUGAUUUCAUUUUAUUCCUUUUUUUCAGGUCUGCGAGAUGAAUGAUGGAUCAAAGGCGGUGAAACUUGGAGAUUUUGGAUUAGCAACCGAUGCAAAACAACCCUUGUUCGUUGUUUGCGGAACCCCUACUUAUGUGGCCCCGGAUAUUCUGUCAGAAAAAGGUCCAAGCAACAACCAAGAAGAAUAAUUUGACAAGAUCCUAAGUGGACAUUUUGAAUUCAUUUCACCAUUCUGGGACGAGGUUUCGAGUUCCGCGAAGGACUUGAUUGAACACAUGCUUCAGGUAGAUCCAGAAAUGAGGUUCUGCGCUGCCGAGGUUUUGGACCAUCCUUGGGUUGCUAAUGACACUGCGAAAGAUAACAAAUUACAUGUGGCCAAGGAACUUAACCAAUAUUUCACACGUACCAAAAAACCAAAAGAUGGUUUGGCAGUCAUAGCAUCGACUGCUCUCGAUAAAGGGUCCAAGUACUUCCGGGGCCGCGGAGCCUUUACUGUGCACCCGAAACAGGACGAAGUCUUUUAAGCUCCACCAAUGUUCCUUCCACAUCUACUUUUAUUGAAUUUUCAUUGAAACACAACAACAACAACGACAACAAGAAGCACAAAGCUAUUUGAAUUCUCGGCGACUCCAGCAAUAGCAAGAACACUAAAAAAAAAACUGCAGUGGAUGCGCAAUGGCCCGGUGGUUAGGGCAGCGGAUUCGUGGUCGGAGGAUCGCGGUUUCGAUUCCCAGACCGGGCGUUGUGUGUGUUUAUUGAGCGAAAACGCCUAAAAGCUCCACGAGGCUCCGGCAGGGGGUGGUGGCGACCCCUGUUGUACUCAUUUGCCACAACUUUCUCUCACUCUCUCUUUCUGUUUCUUGGGUAACGUCCCGUCCUGCUGGGGUGGGGGUCACAUACGCCACAGAAACCGGGAAACCCGGCCCAUGAGCCCGGCUAGGCUUGAAAUGGGCGAAUUUAUUUUGUGGAGGCGCAAUGGCCCAGUGGUUAGGGCUGUGGAUUCGUGGUCGGAGGAUC